AUGUGUACAUGCAUGCACUGUAAGUUAGGAUUCUGAAUCUCUCACUCCAGAACCACCUUGAACGUUAAUCCGUCCAGAAACCAAGGGACUCGUCGAAGGAGACCAAGAAGGUUCUCUCCCGUGUCGGGGUGAGCAAGCAAGGCCAAUGAGACACGUUUUUGAGGUGGGAAAGAGGCAAAACCCAAGUCCGAAGGAUGGAGAGAACAAGAUCGACAGACAGACAGAAAGAAGAAGAAGCAAGAAGGAUAGAAAAGAAAGGAAGGAAGAGAGGAAGGAAGGAAGGAAGGAAGGAAGGAAGAGGCAGACGAAGUUGUGUGCCAUACCUAGAAAAGUGGGACGAAGUCCCAAGUAUGUAUAUACGUACAUACCAGGAAAAGAAGAAGAAGAAGAAGGGGAAGAAGCUCAAGGGGAAAUAACCAAGAGGACUACGAACAUCACCAAUGGAAUGGGAUCGAGAGAUGGAGACGAAGGACGCCGAUGGAGGAGGUGAGCAAGAAAAAAAUGUGGUAGUCGGAGAAGGAGAUGGAGCCCAAGGAGGAGAGGCAAGAACACGAGAGGACAGGAGGACAGGAGAACAGGGGAAGAAAGAGGAAGCUGAGCAAGAGGGCGGGAGGGAGAAAGAGAGAGAACCGUAGGGCCCUUAGGCGCUUCAAACAACUCCAAAGCACUCAGAAAGGAAAAGUAACUCACUUAUGUCAGAACGAAUAUGAUGCACUCUAGAGAUUCAUCAUGAAAGUGAGAGACAUCAGCAGGUUCGAGUCUGUUUUCCAACAACCCUAACUGCUAUAUCCCAUUCACACAUCCAGUUUACCGAUCGGCCUAUUUAGUACCUACCUCCUCCUUGGUAAUCUAUAAUGUUGCUCAAUUUUGUUUCGCCUUGAAAGCCUCAAAAGGCGGUGAUCAAGAUGAGUGGACGUUGGCAAGUGGUUAUGGUGUUUCUUUAUCUUUGGGUGGAGGGCUCUUGGCAUUGCCGCAUUUCUGAAUAUCGAUGCAAAACUGUUCCACAAUGCAUUCGAUUGGACCAGGUGUGCGACAGAGUGGCUCAUUGCUCCGAUGCAUCCGAUGAACUCGACGGUUGCUCAGUUUGCAAUAAGACUUACCAUGGGGAUGUGGGUAAAACGUACCGCUUGAGCGUUUCUCAACCUCCACUGGAUCAACUUCCAUUCACAUGUCGGAUGCGUUUUUCUGCCGCUCAUUACGAACUAGGAGAUAUCGUUAAGUUAACUCUAGAAAAGUUCCGAAUUGGUCAUUUCCAAUCUCCGCUUCAUAAUGGAUGUCCAGAUGGGGCCUUAAAAAUUUCCGAUGGUAAUCGAUUCCACGGCGGUCAAUAUUGUGGAUCAGUGAAUCAGUUCCAAAUGAAACCAAUUUACAUCAGUGAGACCACCUCAUUAACGGCGGAGCUGAAGCUCAUGAGAAUUUCCUCUUCCAAGCGGACCCUCGGGGGGGAUUUUGCAUUUGACAUUGCUUAUCAAUUCCUCUCGAAAAGCGAUGCGAUGAUACGGCAUCAAAAGAACACCGAUACAGGCAUCCUCCGUGCUCAAAAGGGAGUUUCGUGUUCAUACGAAUUUUCCAACUGCUUAUUAAAAGAGUGUCACUUGCAAUCGCCUAAUUAUCCAGGCAUGUACCCAAGAAACUUAACUUGCUCUUACCAUGUCAAUGUCAAACGGGAUGAGAUCCCACCGGGACAUUUUGCCUCAAUCACUCUCUAUCAAGAGCCUCAACAUAAGUCUGACUGGUUACCCUCUCCAGUGGGUGGGGGGAGUGAUAGUAGUGGAACUCGUCCAGGUUGCGAAAUGCCCGGGGAUCAGAUCACCAUUUAUGAUGGAAGCCAUCCAAACGACCCCGUGUUGGCUCAGUUGUGUCUUAAUCGUGAAAUACCCAUCGUGACUUCCAGUGGGUCAUCGAUCUUAUUGGUAUUUCGUAGCGUUCCUUUCGCCGUGCCGAAUAUGGGAGCUUUGACCACCCGUGGGUUCGAGAUACGAGUGAAAGUUCAAGUGAGGCCUUUUGAUUCAUUUUCGCCACCUGGAUCAACUCGUCGUAAUCGACAACAAAAACUGCCACGGAAGUUUCAGCUAGAAGCUUGUCAUUUUCAAAUCGAUUCGGACAAUGGGUCGAAAGGGACCUUAGGGAGUGCAUCACAUUCUCUACCAGCCAACUCGUCUUGUCAGUAUAACUUUGUUGGAAAGCCGCACGAAAGAGUCUGGAUCACCUUCACUCGGUUUUCUAGCCCGUCCACUCAUGGGCUAAGGAACGGACCACUGGAAGCUUGUGCUUCAAACCAUCUCGUGCUCAUUGACUCUGAUCAAGAAAUUGGAAAGUUUUGUCAUUCGAAUCCACCCAAAUUGUGCGAACAUACACUUCUCUCCUCCGAGUACUGGAAUCAAACCCUCGCACCAUUUAGACCUUGUCACAUCCAAACCGAGAGUUACGUUUCAAAAAGUGGAACAUUCUCAAUUGUUCAAGUCAUGGAGCAAGGCUCUGUGAUUGAGCCCGUUGAGUUCUCCCUUCAUUUUGAAUUUGUUCAAGAGACAAGUGCUCAAAAAAAGCUUUUCAGCUCUUCGGCCACUUCGUUGUCUCUCACUACGCUUGAGGAUUCUCGAAACCAAUCUUGCCACUAUGUGUUCUUAGGGUCCAAGCUGAAGAGCAAAUCGGUUUACUCCAUUCCAUCCCCGGGCAAUGUAUUCUUGUUUGGCCGAGGAGGCGCUCCAAAUCUAACUUGCACUUACGAAUUCAUUGGAGCUCCAGGGCAAGCGGUGAUGUUGCUUCUAAAAGAGAUGGCCGAAGCCCCCUCAGGAUUAGAAUCGUCGUGUCACCAGAUUGCCAACCCUUUAAUGAGUCAGAGAAGUGCUUGCCAAAUGGGAGGAAACUAUGCAGCUCCUGAUGCUCCUGGGUCUUACUUGGUGGUGGGCGACCAGUUCAAACCAAAUUCACUUUUUGAUCGAUCGGAAUGUUUUUGUGCCGAGGCCAUCGACAGUCAUUCUCCUCGAAGGAUCAUCUCAAAUUCAUCGUCUCUGCGGCUUGAAUACCACAUUCGGAACAUGAAAUCGAUCCAUGACUUUACGCACUUCCAUUUCAAGGCUCAAUUUGUAUUUAUCCAGCAGGAUCAAUGCUCGUCUGCCAAAAUCAUGCAGGAUACCGGGGGACAAAUCGUUUUGGACGUUUCCGAUCCCUGUCACCACAACCCUUGGACGUUCGAUUUUGGUCAACUGGAAGGGGCUCAAAUGUUCAUGAAAUGUCAAGGACAUUUGGUGGGAACCUAUGACCACGUGGUUAUCUUUCAAGACCCGAAAAAUUUAACUUCCGUCAAAGGGUGCACAUCGGCUAAUAAGAUUAUAAUCAGGUCUAAAGCUACCACGUACGUUGUGUGUCCAGUGGUUCAUCCAGCUGGAAGUGGGAUCAGUUCGGUGGAUGUGAUACUGCCCCCUCAGGCGGUGGUGCAACUCAUAUCUGAUGGGGAAAAGGGGGCCAAUUCCCAAGAUGUGGGCAUUUAUCAAAUACGUUGGCUCCUCCUCUUUCCGCAAUCAAGCUUGACUAAUAAUGUGCAAUCGAAUACAACCUCACCCUCGCUGGAUCCUUCUUUGGGCUUGGUGAGUCGAUCUUCGGAUGCGGGGCAAAUGUCUUCAGCAUGUGCUUUUGCUUGCCCUGAGCUUCUCAGUGCGGGUUGCAUCGAUGCUAGUCUGUGGUGCGAUGGCAUAGCUCAUUGUCCGUCUGGUUUUGAUGAAUCUGAAGACAAUUGUCGGCAUGUGUUUGGGCCGAUUCUCUUUACAUAUUGCCUCUCAGCUUUCAUCAUUUUGCUCCUAGUUUUAAUUGGCUUUGUGAUUGUGCAGCGAUGCCGACACCUUCAGCAACAAAAUGCCAUCAGUCACCUUCAAAAUCCAUUCACUUCCUCCUCGGCUCAAAUCAUCUCGGGAGACAUUCGAACCCAAUGCCAUGACAAUCUGAAACCAAACUCUCAUAAUAGCAUCACGAACCUAACCCAAGAUUAUCUGGUUUGUGCUCAAGGAAUUUCUUGACAGGAAACGAAUGGGGAAAUCCACCCACCCUCGACUCUCUCCACUAAGAGUCACGAGGUUUCCCAGAGUAACCAAGUAGUUCAACAUCUGAACGAGAACCUAGUCCCAUAUGACCUGGAAACGACAGUUUGAGCGAAGAGCAAAACCUUGUCGUUCAAUUACCCAGAUAAUGAAAAAUUCGCCUGAGAGCACCCAGCCCCCGUAUUACAACGAGUUCAUUUCACAUGUACCUGCGUGAAAAACUGCCCAUGUAAACUGCAUCCUUCAAUCUCAGUUUUUGCAACGUUACCUCUUCACCUCACCCACCACACGUCAAUUCAUUCUUCACUCUUAUUCCUCUUCUGUCGACCGUUGCUAUAAUCAAUAUCACUCUAAUCCUAUCACAAUCAAUAAAGCCAACUCCUUUGCAUGUGAAAGCAUGAAACGUACAAGAACCAAAA